CUCCUCCUUCCUCCUCCUUCCUCCGCCGCGCCCCCCCCCCCCCUGGGCCGCCCGUGGGCCCUGCCGGGAGGUCGACCCCGGUGGCCCCGCCAGCCGGCGGGAGGGGCAGGCGGCGAGCUUCGGGGCGCUGCACGAAGGCUCGCACAGCAUGCGGAGGCCGAAGUCCCUCCCGACGCUGAAGCAGGAGGGCGCGCAGGAACACCUGAUGGACUGCCACCCCGUGGCGACGGAGCUGAGGCGGCUGGACAAACUGGCGGCCCUCACCGAGAAGACGGAGAUGAAGCAGCCGCUCGAGCGCAGGCAGCCGGCCGCGGCGCCGCCGGCGCAGCCACGCUCGUUCCAGACGACGGGUGGGCUCGUGCAGUUCCCGAAGUACAUGCUCAUCCACAACUGCCACCUCAAGACGCUGGAUACCAUGCGGUUCCACAAGGAGCAGGAGGAGUUAGCGAGAGCGCAGGAGGAGUCGGCGAAAGCGCAGGCGGUGCUGAGCCCCAAGGCGCCGCAGGGUUCGCACGGCGAGCAGUCGCCGAAGUCGAGGACCGCCCCGCCCGUCUCCUGGGGCGCGCCCGUCCUCAACGACCGCGCGCCGGGCGAGGUGGCCGCAGGCAGUGCCAUGCCUCUGGUGCGUGGCGGCCAGACUUCGAACUGGUUCCGGUGAGGCGUCGCCUGCGCCAGGGUAGGACCACAGCAUGGUUCGUUUCCCCGGGUGCCUCCUCUUUACGUGAAACCGACGCUGAUCGAACGAUCGCCGCGUCUGCUUGGUGCCUCCUCCUCCUGCUCCUGCUCCUGCUCCUGCUCCUGCUC